GACAUCAAGUUCAGGAUCAAGCCGAACGGACAGGUGGGUGUGCUCCGCCCUCCAUACGUCCCCUUCACCGCCUCCUGCAGGACUCCGCCAGGACCUCCUCCACUGCUUUCCGGGGACACACAAGGAUAGGAAUGGAAGCUGAGUAGAGUAUUGCAUCGCUGAGAGGUGAAAUAUACUGGUCAACUUUCCUAUCAGAGUGUUGCCGCAGCCAUGGAGACGGUGAGUGCCGGCCACGUGAGUGAGGCGUGGUGGACUGAGGCGUGCAAGAAGGUGAGGAACGCCCUGGUCUUCGUGGAUGGACCGUCGGCCGAGAGUCUGCACUGGAGCGGAGGACUCGGCCGCCUCGCUGACGCCGGCGCCAAGAACGUCAAGGAAUUUUCAUCUUUUGAGAAAGGAGGCGAGAAGGAUGUCAAGGCGGCCUUCCUGUUGAGUGGUCCAGUGAGGGGCACCACUGCCACCAUCCUGCAGGACGUGAUCCAGGCCUCCUGCUUCCAGUACUGCGUGGUGGUCACCUCUGCCCACCCCAGCGUCCACACCUACGCCCGCUACGGUGGGCGGGAGGUGGAGGACUCGGCGCUGACCUCGGAGCUGGAGCAUAAUAUUCUGACAUGGAUGGGGAACAUGAACUACACGGUGGAGGUCUUCUACCUUCCCCUGGUGGUGGUGCCGUAUGCCGAGGACCUGUUCUUCAUGCCUGUGUUUACCUCCCUCUACCCGCUGCUGAGCCCUGACGUGCCGAGGAUAUCCAAGCACCACCAGGCAGUCACUCGCGGCGACAAGAUCAAGCCUCUCACCACCCUGAACGAGGUUGAGUUCUACCACCUCCCCCACGAGAUGCGGGUGGCGGUGCGGCAGCUGGUGGCCUCCCUACACAGCCUCCUGCAGGGGAUGAACGCUCGAGAGGAGAUCUACACCAUCGGGCAGACGGCACACAUCAUCGGCUCGGAGCUUGACGUCUUCCCUCCCGCCAGACAGAGGAGAAAGGUGGCCGGGAACAAGGUUGCUUUGGUGGUGGUUGACCGCACGCUGGACCUGGUGGGAGCGGCGGGCCAUGGCGGUGACUCCCUCAUGGCCCGCCUGCUGGCCCUGCUGCCUCGACUGCCUGGCCACUGCCUCGACUCGGCUGUCAACAUGUCCCCCCUCAGCGAGCUCCACCCGUCGUGUGAGUGGACGUUGCUUCCGGGAUGUUUAGCUCCGCAGGGGAAGGAGCAGCGGGCGACAGAGGUCCUCCGUUCGUUGGUCACCGCCCCCGCCAAGGAGACUCUCGCACUCAUCAACAAGCAUGUUGUGGAGGCCGCCAGCCGCAAGGACCUUCCCCCCGGCUCCCCCAGCAAGCAGGGUAAGGCCAUGGUGGACACGCUCAGGAAGAACAUUCAGCAGUUUGCCUCGGACACGGACGCCUUCAGUGAGAACGCUGCGCUCCUUCAGCAAGGUCUCGGGGCUGUGGAGGCAUUGUCCGACCCUCGCUACGAGCACCUGGAUCAGCUGCUGAGUCUGGAGAAGCAGCUCGUCCAGGCCAUCAGUGACCCGGAGGAGACGUCGCCCUUCACACAGCAGAUCUUCCAGUUACUGAGGACAAGGAAGAGCCGUGGGGUGACGCUGGAUGAUCUGCUGAGCCUCAUGGUGUUCACGGCUUCCCUGGGCGGCUCUGAGGUCUUCUCCCAGCGCGAGGAGUAUGCCCUCAUCAACCUGCUCUCCCAUGCCCUUGUGGAGGAUAAGGACGAGCUAUCGGAUCUUCUCCUUGAGCUGGUUGGGGAGGAGGUGGACGAGGUGUCGGCCCUGAAGACGGCCCAGCGUGUGGCCAGCCAGCUGCAUGCCAUCACCACUGCCAGGGAACACCUCAAGAACUACAGGAGCGUGCACACCCCUGGGGACGGAGUGGAGCCAGCGGCCUACCACAGUGUGCUGCCACGGCUGCUGCACGACUGCUUCUCCGCGCCCCCUGGGGAGAUCAGCGACCUGGAGUACAAGUCAGCCGGGUUCAAGGACCUCAUCAAGACUGGCUUCAGCCUCUUCGUCAAUGUCAGCAAACCCAGCCCACGCGACGCCCCUGUGAUGCUGGUGUGGGUGGUUGGGGGUGUGACGCCGGGGGAGGUGCGAGAGGUGAGGCGCAUGGUGGAGGCCCUGGGCAGCCCCUCGAAGGUUAUCAUCGCCUCCUCGCACCUCUCCUAUCCGACAGAGACGCUGGAGAAGGCACUGCAACCGAACGUCUUCCUGCGAGGGAUGUAGAGUGUGUGUGUGUGUGUGUGUGUGUGUGUGUGUGUGUUGUUGUUGUUGUUGUGUGUGUGUGUGUUGGUAUUGUGUGUGUGUGUGUGUACUGUUUCAUCUCUCUCUCUCUCUCUCUCUCUCUCUCUCUCUCUCUCUCUCUCUCUCUCUCUCUCUCUCUCUCUCUCUCUCUCUCUCUCUCUUUUGUUACACAUACUUUCUUGCUUCCAUUUUUUCCUCUUUUUUUAUCUUUAUUUAAUUUUUCUUGCCUUCUGUUUCAAUUUUUUUUUGUCUUUUUUCUUGUUUUCUUUAUUUUCAUCCUUUUUCUUUUUUCUUCCUCUUUCUCAGUAGAUAACUUUACUUUCUUGCCCUCAUUUUUAUUUCUCAUUUUUCUCAUAUUUUUUUUCAGCUUUUCUUGCUCUGAAUUUUCUUUUUUUCUCAUUUUUCUUUUUCUUCCAUGUCCUUAUUUUUCUUUUUUUUUCUCAUAUUUCGUUUUCUUUCAUGCCCUUAUUUUUUUUCCUCACUUUCUCCUUCAGUGUGUGUGUGUGUGUGUGUGUGUGUGUGUGUGUGUGUGUGUGUGUCAUUGUGACAAAGUUCAAGAGAGUAAAAUAGCAUAAGAUAACAGGUGAAUGACAGAUAGCAGGCUGAUUAUGUUGUUCUUAGUAUUAGUAAUUGUUAUCUUUGUUACUAUUUUGUUGUAGUAGUAGUAGUAGUAGUGGUAGUAGUAGUAGUAAUAGUAGUAGUAGUAGUGAUAGUAAUCGUAGGUAGGUCUAUUAUUUUCUGUUAUUUCUCUUUAUUAUUAUUAUUAUUAUUAUUAUUAUUAUUAUUAUUAUUAUUAUUAUUAUUAUUAUUAUUAUUAUUAUUAUUACUCAUAUCUAUCAUUUAAUUAUCUCCCUCUGGCUGUGUUAUCCCAAUUUUUUCUUCUUUUAUCUUUUUUUAUUCCUCUCUGGUUCACAAGAAAAAAAUAAGUGUUAUGGAAAGGUGUUCAGAUACUUUUCUCUAUAUAAAAUUCUAUCAUUGCUCAAUUUCGUUAUCUGUUAAGAAAAUCCAUUGUACGCUCCAAUUAUUAACCAGAUAGACACCAUUUGCAGUGAACUCAUAUAUUAUUCUCCAUAUUUAUUCUCACUAUUAUAACACCAGAUUUAUGUAUAAUGGUAUAUAUAGAGAUGGUACUUCAGUGGGCCAGCUGUUAAUUAACCCUGUUUGAUUGGCACGGAUAUACGUCUUUCUCUGCCUCUGUGGUGGAUAGUGGAGCGUUUCCCAUGUGGUAUUGGUAUGCUGGAUAUCCCUUCGCUGGUAGGCUGGUAACAUGCACUCCCAUGUCUUUCUCUGCCUCUGUGGUGGAUAGUGGAGUGUUUCCCAUGUGGUAUUGGUGUGCUGGAUAUCCCUUCACUGGUAGCCUGGUAACAUACACUCCGAUGUCUUUCUCUGCCUCUGUGGAUAUAGUGGAGUGUUUCCCAUGUGGUAUUGGUGUGCUGGAUAUCCCUUCACUGGUAGCCUGGUAACAUACACUCCGAUGUCUUUCUCUGCCUCUGUGGUGAAUAGUGGAGCGUUUCCCAUGUGGUAUUGGUGUGGUGGAUAGUGGAGUGUUUCCCAUGUGGUAUUGGUGUGCUGGAUAUCCCUUCACUGGUAGCCUGGUAACAUACACUCCCAGGUCAUUCUCUGCCUCUGUGGUGGAUAGUGGAGUGUUUCCCAUGUGGUAUUGGUGUGCUGGAUAUCCUUCACUGGUAGCCUGGUAACAUGCACUCCCAGAUCAUUCUCUACCUCUGUGGUGGACUGGAUAGUGGAGUGUUUCCCAUGUGGUAUUGGUAUGCUGGAUAUUCCCUCCCAAGGUGCAAGACUUUACAUUUUUUUUCAUUGCAUUGUAUCAGCCACUUUUUGUUCCAUUCCUAUAGCUUGGUGGUGUCUUCUUGUAGGAAAUCCGCAUCCAAGGGGUUAAUAUGUAUAAGAUGAAGAUAAGAAAACAAGAUAACAGCUGUGACGAAUUUUUUUCAUGUCCGGAUCAAUACACAUAAAAAAAAACAUUAUAUAUAUACACACCAUAGAGCAUAAUCGUAUACAUGAACACACCCAAAGGAAAAAGUAAAGAAAAUAUGUAAGAUGGUGGAUAGUGGUGUGUUUCCCAUGUGGUGUUGGUAUGCUGGAAAACAAGAUAACAGCUGUGACAAUAUUUUUUUCAUGUCCUGAUCAAUACAUUAAAAAAAAAACAUUAUAUACACACCAUAAGAAAUAGCUGUAUACAUGAACACACUCAAAGGAAAAAGUAAAAAAAAUAUGUAAGAUUCUAAUAAUAACCAAGAAGGCGGCAGAUGAGAAUAAUGAGAAACACAGAUGAGAGAAGGAAAAAAUAAACACAGACAGACACUCAAGGUCACAGGAGGAGGGGGAGGAGGGAAGGAGGGAGGCUCUGUGACAUCACCAAGCAGAGAUUAUUAACAUCCCUCGCCUUAUAUGACGUCACCAGCAGCCAUGAAUUCUCGCUAUUUUUACUAUUGCUAAUAUAAAAAUAAAAAAAUCAAUUUAAUAUAACAUAGCUCUGGGAAGGCCGUGGCUGAGUGGGUGCUUGAAGGCUCUGUGACAUCACCAAGCAAGAGAUUCCUAACAUAUAUCAUUCCCUCGCCCUUUUAUGACAUCACCAACAGCCACGAAGUCUAAACCAACGCCGUUUUUACUAUUGCU